AUGUCAGAGGAGAUUGUCGUGGAAAAUAAGAACAAACGAUUCCGCAAGGAGAAGCCAUGGGAUACAGACGACAUUGAUCACUGGAAAAUUGACAAAUUUACUGAGAAGGACAACCCGCAUCCUUUCCUCGAAGAAAGCAGUUUUGCAACCCUGUUUCCCAAGUACCGUGAAAAGUAUUUACGUGAGAUUUGGGGGCAUGUAACUGCGGCAUUGGAGAAGCACGGCAUUGCGUGCACGCUCGAUCUUGUGGAAGGGUCCAUGUCUGUGAAGACAACGCGCAAGACAUUUGAUCCUUAUAUUAUUUUGCGCGCGCGCGACUUGAUGAAGCUCUUGAGCCGGAGUGUGCCUUUUGUUCAAGCUGUGAAAAUCUUGCAGGACGAUAUGGCGUCUGACGUGAUUAAGAUUGGCAACAUUGUGCGGAACAAAGAGCGAUUUGUGAAGCGACGCCAGCGCAUUAUCGGGCCGAAUGGUAACACCCUCAAGGCUAUUGAGCUGCUGACGGGCUGUUACGUGCUUGUCCAGGGCAACACUGUGAGUGCGAUGGGCGAAUACAGGGGGCUGAAAGAAGUGCGGAGGAUUGUAAUGGAUUGCAUGAAGAACAUUCACCCUAUCUAUCAUAUCAAGGAGCUGAUGAUCAAGCGCGAGCUAGCAAAGGAUCCAAAGCUCGCUAACGAAUCCUGGGAGCGUUUUUUGCCGAAAUUCAAGAAGCAGCAUGUGAAGGCCAAGAAGCCCAAGGAUAUCCACAAGAAGGUGUAUACGCCAUUCCCACCUCCACAGCAGCCAAGCAAGAUCGACUCGCAGCUUGAAAGCGGCGAGUACUUCCUCAAGCCACAGGAGAAGCGGCGCAAUGAAUACCGGCAAAAGAUGCGCGAGCAGGCAGUGCACGCCGAAGAACGGGAGCGAGAGCGGGAAAAAAUGUUUGUACCGCCGAAAGAGCCCGUUCCGGGGGAUGCUGCAAAGAAGGAGAAGGAGGAGAAGGAGGAGAAGGAGGAGAAGGAGGAGAAGAAGGAAAAGAAGGAGAAGAAGGAAAAGAAGGAAAAGAAGGAGAAGAAGGAAAAAAAAGAAAAAAAGGAAAAGAAGCGCAGCAGCGAGGACGGCUCGGAUCAGAAACAAAAGAGAAAAAGGACAUAG